AGGCAUCAUUUCGCGUGAAACUUCACAACAAGAUUCAACAAGAGAGCUCGUUCAAAACUUUAAAUAACUGUGCAUUUAUUCAAGGAAUACGAAACUGCACAUUUAGACAGUCAAGAGCAUUCUGCGAAGAACAAAUAAAGUGUGGGGUAGAAAUGUGAAUUUAUUGGAGCUAUCUUGAAUUUUUUUGUUCCAAAAUCAUAGCAAGUCUGAGGAAAGCAAACAUAGCGAGUAUGAAAUCUGGAGUGGCCUAUGAUGAUUGCUGGAUAAUUGCUGAGUACAAUCGCGGCUAUAAGCCCAGGUGUGACAGCGAUUGUUUGCGCAAGGCUUCCUUUGGUACGGGCCAGUAGCUUAAUAAACGAAUGACACCCUCAAGCAAACUGCCAGCGUUAUCAUUAUUACUGCAAUAUACACGCAUACUAUGGAAAGUAUUGGAUUAGUUUGAAGUGAAUUUGGGUUACUCUGCAAGUUUGGAUACAGUGAAGUGGAGAUUCUUACCUUAUACUUUGGUGAACUUAUUAAAAGUGUAGGGAAUGAAUGUUUAACACAAUUAAAUGUUCAUCAUAUAACUGUAUGAUGUGAAACUGUUGUUUUAUUUAUUUAUUUAUUUUUCAAGACAUUUACUUAAGAACUUUAGAAAUGGUUUUGGUUUAUACAUGGUACAUCUUGAUUUAGUUGAUAUGAACAGUUUUAUAAUACAUGUGAAAACAAUAUGUCUAUUAAUUGAGCUGAUAAGAUAAAUGGUGAAUAUUUGAGAAUUACUGAAACAAGCAACAAAUGGUAUCAAAGAAGUGCCAUCCAUGAAAUGUACAAGUAUGAUGCAAUUUCAGUCGGCUAGGUCAAUACAUCAUGUACAUAGGAUUAAUGGAUUAGACCUUAAUGAAAGUUCACCAAGGAUUAAUAAUUUAGACCUUAAUUAAAGUACAUCAAGGAUUAAUGAGUUAAACCUUAAUUAUAUAAUUAAGAGUCAAGAUGUCACUACGUGCAGUUAUACCACCGCUAUCAGUCAACAAUGGACCUUCCAAACAGAGCUAUGAAGUCCUGGAGUCAAGGCUUCGAGCGGCCGAAGACGACACCAAACAGCUGAUAGAUCAGUUGGGGGGCAUGGGCUUUGAUAAUCCAGGACCUGGGUCAGGUGAAAACGGGCGCAACUCACCGUAUCAUCAAAAUGGACGCGAUUCUCCGUAUCAGCCAGUGUCACCUUUUCGGGGACAGACAAGGAAUGUUAAUUAUAAUCAGGAAAACUUUGAGAAGUUCAAGAGCAGCUACGAGAGCCUUGUGACUCGGGUCUGUAAGAAUGAGAGUGCCCUGCAGAGCCUGAAGCUGACCCUGGUGAACCUGCAGGGGGACCAGAAGCUCAACACCAAGCAGGAUGUGAGAGAGAUGAAGGAGAAGUUCCAGUAUGCCCGGGAAGCUUACGAACAGGAAAUAGGCAAGCUUACCCGGCAGGUAGAGUAUUUGAAGGAAGAGCUGGGGUCAGAGGUGACUGCAAAGGAGAAAUGUCGGGAUGAGAUACGGGAACUACAGAGGGCGCUAGAACAGUCCACGGAGACACGGAUGGAGGCGGCCAUGACAGCGGAGGGCUUGAACAUGUCACAGGCUAAGCUUCAGAAGCGCAUCACUGAGCUGAAGGAGGAAGUGGCGCGGGAACAGAGCCUGCGUGCCAGCCUGGAGGAAUCCCACAAUACACUGCUCACGCGCGUCAGAGAAAUGGAGAGUCUUGUGGAGACUGAAAGAACUGGGGUGCAGUCCCUGAGUUCAGACUACGCUCACAUCCGUAAUGACAACGAGACACUGCGAGAGCUACUGAAGGAGGAAACCAAACGCAAGCAGAUUGCCGAGAGCAGCUACAAGAUGUUGUGUGAUGACAAAGAUUCCCUGGUUGAGAAGUACCGUAGCUGUGAGGGUGAUCGGGACAUGUUGAUCACCGAGGUCUCAAAGUUGAGAGAACAGUAUGAGGAUCUCAUCAAACAGCUAGAGCAGACACAGGCCAUCAUUGAUAAACAACAGGAGAUAUUCUUGAGUGAUAAACUCAAAACAGCCGAUCAGUUAGAAGCUUUUAUGACAAAGAAUAAAGAGUUGGUGGAGGAAAAUGAGAGACUCACACAGACCUUUCGUACCACGGCAGAGGAGCACGAUAAAAUCAAUGCACAGUUGAAACGAGAGUUAGAGGCUGAGCGCAGGCUGACUCGAGACAAGGCUGUGGUAGAGGACAAGGCCUCCCGGCUCAAGGACAGCGUAGCAGAGAUAACACAGGAGAACUUGGACCUGCGCAAGAAAAUCAAGCGUAGUGAGGAGGAGGUCUCCAAACUGAAGACUCGCAUCUCCAGCAAGGAUGAGGAGUUCACAAGGACCGCAGAGAGCCUCAGUAAGGAGCUCUCCUCCCUCCAGGACCAGCUACAACAACAACAGGCGGACAGGGACCGCAUACUGAAGGACAAGGAGUCACUGCUGGAGGAGGUAAACCAGACGGUUGAUUCAAUGGUUGAAGAGAGAUCAAAACUUCAAAAGCAGGUACAACAACAACAACUUGAGCUGGACGGUCACAGUCGAGCACGGCGGAAACUCGAGCAUGAAAAUGCUCAUCUCCUGGAGCGCAUUUCUGGAUUUGAGCAACAGCAGAUGUAUACAGAUUAUUGUGGAGAGUCAUGCUAUAAGCAAGCCCAGAAGCAUGUGGAGAGUACUCUGAAGGAGAUGAUGGACCAGAAGAACAAGCUGGCCUAUGACAAUGGCCGCCUGCAGACAACUCUGGAGCAGGCCAACCUGGAGCUGGAGUCUCUGAGGAAGGCAGAUCUGGAGACCAACAAGUACAGGACACUGGCAGAGGCCUUGGCUAACAAGUACAGUCAGUGUGAGAGUGACAUCAGUGAGCUCAAGGUGACGAUAGAGAGGCUGGAGUCCCAGCUCAAGCAGGCCCACAUACAGCUGGACAGUCGUCAUGGAGACUACAGCUCCAUCACUGUCGUCAAGGAUGAACUGCUCAAGGAGAACCAGCGCCUGCUCACCAAGCUGCAGAGUGUGGAGGACCGGGAGAGGAGGAAGAUCAAGUCCUUACAGAAGAACAAUGAAGACGCCAAGGCAGUCAACAAGGAGAUUGCCUCCACUCUGGAGUCUGUCAUGGCCUCCCACUCACAGCUGCAGUCCGUGGUGGAGUCACUGCAGGUGGAACUCGGCAAGAAGGACUCGGUGAUCAGCAGGCUCAAAACUGACAAGAAUCGUGAACAGCAGGAAUGGAAAGUUGAGAUGCGUAAAUUUGAGGAAAGGAUGGAUUCUUUACGGGAAGAGUUGAGACGAGAAAGGGAUGUGUCCAAUAAGAAAAAUUCCAAAGAUAUUGGAGAGAUCAAGAAGCAGAAUGACAGCCUGUCAGCUCGUAACAUGGAGCUGAUGAAGGGCAACACAGAACUGCGACAGAAAACGAGAGACCAGGAGACUGAAAUAGGAGAACUACGAGAGAAACUUGGAGAGCAGAAACGUAAGAUAGAGUACUUGCGGCGAGGCAAGAAUGAUGUGGAGGAAAACGUCAAGAAAAUGAAGGAGAUGAAGGCUGACAUUGAAGAACUUGAGUCCUUGAGGGACACCUACAUCUCUAAGAACCAGGAACAGGCGGAAAUGAUUUCCACGUUCAUGGGGCAGAUCAACUCACUGCAGACUGAAUUACGUCAGCUGGCACACGCCCAGUCACAGACAGCAGACCUUGUGACCCAGAAAGAACGCUCCCUCGAGAAGGAACGCAAACUGAAGGAGGACAUUAGGAAAAGAUACAAGAUAAAUACCCCAUUGCUGCAGGCAACCAAGAGACGAGAAGAUGAGUUGGACCACAUGAAAUCUGCUGCAGAGAAAAGACUUAGUGAGGUCCGUGAGGAGUCUUUGGAGAUCUCUAACCAUUUAAAGAGCGCCCAUGAAUGGUUCAAAGACAAGUUUGACAAUCUGCAGUCAGAACUUGUGGCAUCUCGCCGUCUCCAAGAGAAACUUGAGGUUGAAAACACGGAACAGCAGAAGAAGUUGAAUGGGGAGAGGAACAAGGCCCAGGCAGCCGCACAGAAAGCUCGGGAAAUGAUCAGGGCAUCCCGUCAGACUAUUUCACGGCUGAGUGACUACGCGGACCUCGCAGACUCGGAGACGAAGCAGCAACUCCAUGAUCUCUACAGUCAGCUGACCUCGGAGAGAGACCACGCGAAAUACGUCGAGAUGAAACAUGACCGCUACAAGGACGCCAGUGCGAGACAGUUUGAACAUUUAUUGAACGAUACGGAGGAUUCAUGUAGUUGAUCUGAGCUUUGUGCUUCGUAUUUAUAUAAUAUAACAUACUGUUAAAUCAUAAUUAUUUGUCAUACAUUAUUUGUGUUGAUUUCAUUGAAACAUUAGAGCUAAAAGGAGGUAAGUGGGCAACAGUUUAAACAUUUGUUAAACGAUACGGAGAACUCUUGUAUUUGAUCGGAGAUGUGGGCUACAUAUUUAUGUAACAUAACAUAAUAGAAUAUAAUCUUGAUUAGGCAUAUAACAGCAGGUUGUUGACGUAAAGCAUGCAAAGGUCUCUUGUUGAUCAGAUGGGGUUGCCUUAUAUUUGGGCCUGGCUCUUAGAAAACCAUGCCAAGUGCAUCUGCAUAAAGUCUUGUCCCAGAUAAGCCUGUGCAGUCCUCACAGGCUAAUCAGGAACAACUCUUUCAGCUGUUAUGGUAUUUUUUAUUUAAAAGAAGUCUCUACUAGGCAAAAUACCAUUUUAGGCGGAAAGUGUUGCCCCGGAUAAGCCUGUGCCGACUGCAGGGGUUAAUUUGGUUAAACAAUGUAUACACUUGCAUUAAACUCCAUUUUCCCAGAGCGAGGUUCGUUUAUAUAAUAUUACUUUAUAGAACAUAAAUUGUAUAAGGCCAAUCCAGCAGAUUGCAAAUAUGCAUGUAUGCAAGACUUAGAUCUUGAUUUAUUGUCUGAUCAGGGAAUGUUAGUUUUCAUGUUACUUAUAGGUCUUUAUAGCAGUCGAAACCAAUAAUUAAUGUAUAGGAUACUUGUAACAUACCUUUCUGUGUGCUUCACAUCAAAUUGGAGAUGAAUAUGGCAGUAUAGCUUUUCAUUUUUGAGUGAUUAAUACAUUAUAAUCAGUUUAUUUAUUUGAUACCUUUUACAACCUUACCAAAUUACAGGCCUUAUGGGUCAGUGAGUUACAUGCAGACAGAAAACAAAAUGUAUUUUUUGCUACUUGCUGUUUUUCGAUUCUGUAUUACCUUACAAGUUGGACUUCUUUAUAUGCCCCCGUUAGGGUGGCAUAUAGCAGUUGAACUGUCCGUCAGUCAGUAUGUGUGUAUGUCAGUCUGUCCGGAUAAAAACUUUAACGUUAGCCAUAACUUUUGCAUUAUUGAAGAUAGAAACUUGAUAUUUGGCAUGCAUGUGUAUCUCAUGACGCUGCACAUUUUGAGUGGUGGAACUUCAAGGUCAAGGUCAUCCUUUAAGGUCAAAGGUCAAAAAAAUAUAAUUUUUUAAUUCAAAGCGGCAUUCUCAUGAAGCUGCACAUUUUGAGUGGUGAAAGUUCAAGCUGAAGGUCAUCCUUCAAGGUCAAAGAUUUAAACAAAAAAAAAUAUUUCAAAGCGGCGCAAUAGGGAGCAUUGUGUUUCUGACGAACACAUCUCUUGUUUGGCAUAUAAUUUGUUAAACAGCAUUAAGAAAAUUGAAAAUUGUCAUUCUUUUACUUGUAUGACCUCCCUUCAGGAAUUAAAGGUAUGGGCAUGACAUUGUAUAUUGUAUGAAAGGAUAUUACAAUAGACAGAUGUUGCAAAAAGGGUCCAUCAGACCUGUGGACUUUCUUGUGAUAUGACUUGAUACAAACCAAUGGACUUAUACAUACUCUUUUUUUUCAACACAUUUUAUUGCAAUCAAAUACAUAUACAUUAACACGAUAAUGUAAUAAAGUCAAGAUGACAAAAAACAUAUGCAACACAUCUAAUGUUAUCUUCAUAAUACAUGUAAUUUUGUGUUAAAAACACAUUUAAGAAAUAUAAAAGAAAAAAACAUCACUCUGUAUAGACAAAUAAGGAUCUAUAAUUUGUACUAACAUAUGAAAAAAGCAUAGAGCAAAUAUUAAUAGGUGCAUAUAAUUCUAUAGAUAUGUUCAGUGUGUAUAGACAUACUCUUGGUAUAAUUGUUUGGCUCAUUAUUUGGUAUGUAUUUGUCAUCAUGAAGUGCAAAUCAAAGCAUUCCUGACAUGCUUUUAUAUGACCCACUCUCUGUGAAACUCAUGUUAGGAAUCAGGAACAACGCUUUCACCUUUAAAAUAUGUGUCCAAACUCACAUUACAUUUUUUUGUUUUUAAGAAUUUUUAACAUUUCAUCGGGCAUUACAUCAAACCCUCAUUCAUGGCCAACAAACAGUUUUAUGGUAUGAAAAUCGCCACGAGUAACCCAAUAGCUUGUAACCAUUUCAUCAACUGUGCCCUAUAUUUACAAGACAGGGAUUAGUUUAAUGCAAUAACUGUCAUUUGUCAACCAAAACAUGUAUCAUAUAAUUGUGUAUACUGUAAUUUGCUUAAAAUUUACAUUGAUUUGUUAUUUUAUGUUAAUAUUUGGCCCUGAAGUUGUUUCCUUUUAUUAUUAUUUAUAUGUCAGUGUUUAUUUCCUAAUUAGGAAAUCAUAAUCCACAACAUACUGUUACAAAUCUAAAAUUGAUAUUAAAGGGAUCUUUUCACGGUUUGGUAAAUUGACAAAAUUGAAAAGAUUUGUUUCAGAUUCACAAAUUUUCGUUUUAGUUAUGAUAUUUGUGAGGAAACAGUAUAACUGAACAUUUACCAUAGUCCAAUAUAGCCAUUAUAUGUAUCUUUUGACGAUUUGAAAACCUAAAAAUUAUACAGCGUUGCAACGCGAAACGAUUGAAUAAUUUGGCGAGUUCUGUUGUUGUUGUAUAAAUUUACGAAACUACGAAGAUUGCUUAUAUAAGGUAUAAAAUACUUUAACUGUGUAUAUCCGGCGGAAUAGCUGAGAGGGCUAAUGCGUUUUUACUUCAGACUAAUUCCAGGACUCCGGGGGUCACUGGUUCGAGCCCUGGUACCGGCCACUUUUUUUUCCUUUUUUAAAUUUUAUUCUUGAUUUUUUACUGGGGCUUUUAAGAUCCAAUGUUUAAAUUUAUCAAUAUAAAGCAUUUAAUGACAAACUUCAAAAUAUGCCAAAAUCUGUGAAAAGGCCACUUUAAAGAAAUUGUGUAUUUAACAGAUUUUAACUGUGCUUGUAAAUAUAUAUUCAGAUGUUGCAUUUAUUUUGCAUAUGAGGAUAUUUUAUGUUCUGUGUGCAUGUGCACAUAACAUGACAAUGUUCACAAGUUGUCCAUGAAAAAUUGAGACAAAUAAUGAUGUAGUCGGUAAGUUAUUAAACCAUAUAAUGUGUAGUUAGUACCCCAGAAUUACAGUCAAACCUUUGUAAAAACCAAGUCUAAGGAUAAAGAGAAACUGGAAUAGUUUUGAAAAAAAAAUGUUCUCAUUUCCACUUAUGUUCCACUUAAGUAAUAAGGAACAACACUUUCCGCCUAGACUGUUUUUUGUUUAUAACAGACUUCACUUCAACAAACAAUGCCAUUCAAGCGGAAAGUCUCGUCCCUGAUUAGCCUGUCCAGACUGCACAGGCUAAUCUGGGAUGAGACUACAGACCUGCAUUAAGCCCUGUUUAAACAGAUCAUGACUCAAAAGGUAAAGUAAAUGAGGUUUGACUGUAAUAAUACCUCCACAUUCCUUGUACUAUAAUAUCUGUGAUAUUUUAAAUAUUGUGUGCUAACAGCUAGUCUAGAUAUGGAAAUAAAUUGAGUUACCAUA